AAGGGAUCCAAUUUAAACGGCAACCAGUCACCAGUGGCGUUAAAGCUUCUUCACGAGCGGAGGCAUCGAGAGAGUGGGAGUGGAAGCGGGCCAAGUAGCCGAAUCCGGGCACGAACCGGUCCUCGCCCUCGAUGAAACAGGCGAUGGAUUCCUCCGAGCAGGAUGACGACUCGAUGUCCGACGAGCAAUCCGCCGGCGACUCGCCGGAGAAUAUCUCCGAUGAGUCCUCCUCGCACAGGAGGUCCGAGAAGCAAUCGGAAUACGACGUCAGCGCCGACAUGAUGACUUUGGGUGCGGUUGUG